AGUCCUUUUUUUUUUUUUUUUUUGUUUCCUUUACAACAAAGUGAUGUUUGCUCGCCGUUUCGCUCCGUUGGCCGUCCGCGCUGCUGUUGCCUCGUCCUCGCGGGGAUUCACGUCGUCCGCUGCCGCUGCUGCUGCGCUGCGACCACGGCUGACGAUCGCUGCCAGCUCCCCAGUCACUGUUCAGAAGAGCGUUGCCACCGUCGCAAUGCGAAUGUACAGCGCUGGCGGCCAUGCGCUCACACAGGACGAGGUCGAGAAGCGCGUCCUCGACGUCCUCAAGAACUUUGACAAGGUCGACGCCUCCAAGGUCACCAUUAGCUCCACCUUUGCCUCGCUCGGCUUGGACAGCCUCGACGCCGUCGACAUUGUCAUGGCAUUCGAGGACGAGUUUGGCGUUGACAUUCCCGACGCUGAUGCCGAGAAGAUCCUUGGCCCCAAGGACGCUGUCACUUAUCUCCUUGCCCAGAAGGGUGGCCACUAAAAAAGCGCAACUCUUUGGUUUUUUGUUUUGGUUGACUCACAGGGCCCCUCGCAUGUUGCCUUUUUGUCAAUUCAUACACGCCACUUUUGUCUUUUGAAUCAUCUCAAAUUCUGGAUUGUAUUGUUGUUUGUUGAUGUCAAAAAGCAGCUGAUGGACAACACAACACUUCUUUGAAACACCA